AUGUCAGAUGCCCAGGAGUUCAUGAAGAAAUGUAAAAAGUGCCAGGAGAAUGCCAACUUCCACAAAGCACCUCCCGAGGAGCUCAAUCUAAUGAUGGCCCCCCGACCUUUCGCCCAAUGGGGAGUCAAACUCCUAGGACCAUUCCCACCAGGACCCCGGCAGGUGAAGUACUUAAUAGUGGCCAUAGAUUAUUUCACCAAGUGGGUAGAAGCAGAACCACUAGCCAGUAUAUCCGCAGCAAACUGCCAAAAGUUCAUGUGGAAACAAGUGGUCACAAGGUUUAGGAUACCGGAAACCGUCAUAUCGGACAACGGGACCCAAUUCACCGACAAGAAGUUCAAUGGGUUCUUAGAAGGACUAGGGAUUAAGCAAAAUUUCUCCUCAGUCGAACACCCUCAAACUAACGGUCAAGUCGAAGCAGCCAACAAAGUUAUCCUGAAGGGGCUGAAAAAGCGACUCGAAGGAAAGAAAGGCUCAUGGGCAGAGGAACUAGCCCCAGUACUAUGGUCGUACAGGACCACCUCCCAAUCAUCCACCGGAGAAACCCCCUUCCGACUCACAUACGGGGUCGACACUGUCAUCCCAGUUGAGGUCGGGGAACCAAGUCCGAGGCUGCUCUUCGGAAGGGGGAGCGAGGUAGUUGAAAAAGACCUAGCCGACGAGACAAGGCAAAUGGCACACCUAGCAGAAGCAGCAAUCAAACAGAGAGUGGCCCUCAGAUACAAUGGCAAAGUAUUGAAAAGAAACUUGGGAGAAGGCAACCUGAUCCUACGACGAAACGACAUAGGACCCCCAACACCAGGAGAAGGCAAGCUAGCCGCAAACUGGGAAGGACCUUACAGAGUAAAAGAAGUCCUCGACAAAGGGGGUUACAAGCUAGAAAGGUUGAAUGGGAAUGAGGUACCGAGGACAUGGAACAUGGCGAACCUCAAAAGGUUCUACUCGUAA